AUGGUCCGUGAUCGCUCUCGAUCUCGGGAUGAUGACUACCGUCGGAUGUGGGGCAACCCUAACCCUGACCGCCCACAUGACCCUACCCGACAUGGAUGGCCAUUCUCGGGCUCUCAUGAAACACCGGCGGCAACUACUGGACCCACGUACAACUACACGACGGAGAUGGAAAGGGGCCCUAUGCCUCGAAGCGAUGACUCGUGGAACACGGCUCCCACAUAUCAUUUCCACAGCGAGAUGCAUCAAAAUCACAGGGUGCUCCACACCCAAGUCUUCAAGCAAGUGGAUGUUGGACAAGAACCCAACAUCCAAAGACAGCUCAUGGUCACACAAAUCAAUGCCGCAGGCACCGAGCGAUUGCGACGCCCAGAGUUCUUCUUCCAUGGAAUUGUUGGUCAUGUGAACAACAGGUGGCGAUAUCGAAUCAACGGAUGGAAAGAAGCGUCACAUCUGGCCAACUACUGGUGCAGAUACUUUGACAUUGAGGAGAUUCCAUAUGCCUCAACUGAGCCGCAUGAGCAACUCACUAUCCAUGAUGCUUCUGAUCCUCCAGAGGGUGAUGAACCGCAAGACAACGAUGCGGAUGAUACGUCCUCUAUGGGACAUCCGGGAGACCAAACGCCUUCUGUCCCCAGCCAGUUAGCCCCUAUCCUUUAUGAUGCACUGAUGCAGGAUCCUGAGGUCAAUGCCCCGAUCCUUGAGAUUCUCCAAGCUCAGCCGGAAAACCAGGCAGAGAGCAACUUAAGGCUGUUUACAGCUAAAGAACUCGCUCAUCUUGGCAGCCAUCUGGCGAUCACCACCAACAUCUUAGCUCGACGUGCCAAUCCAGACGACAACCUCUCGGACAUCUCUGGCGAGCUCGACCGUGACAUCCCAUGA